GGUGUCGGUGCGGGUCUUCGGCGAGUGAUGCUGCCGCGCGGAAGCGGCGCGCUCGUGCGUGUGUCCGCUGGCUCCACUGCAGUGGGAGAAAAUACCCCCGUGUCCUGCCCCAGCGGCGUCCUUAUGCCCCCCCAGCUGUAGACCGGAUUCGUCCCAGGUUCUGGACCGGCCUUCCCACGGAAACCUUUGGAACCGGUGCUAGGAACUUCUAGAACAUGACGUUCCCAUCUUCAGGGCGGAUAUCAGUGAGGAGGAAAUACUUCUGAAGAACCUGAACCCUGCAGGAUGAUCGAGGAGGGCAGCCGGCGGUCUAAGGCGGCGGUGGAGAAGCGUCAGCUCUUCAUGGAAAUGAGAGCCCAGAACUUCGAUGUGAUCCGACUCUCCACCUACAGGACGGCGUGCAAACUCCGUUUCGUGCAGAAGAGAUGCAACCUUCAUCUGGUGGAUGUGUGGAACAUGAUCGAAGCCUUUCGGGACAACGGCCUCAACGCGCUGGACCACAACGCUGAGAUCAACGUGUCGCGGUUGGAGACCAUCCUGUCCUCCAUCUAUUACCAGCUCAACAAGCGUCUGCCCACCACCCACCAGAUCAACGUGGAGCAGUCCAUCGGGCUGCUGCUCAACUUCAUGGUGGCGACCUACGACAGUGACAGUCCGGGGAAGAUGACCGUGUUCUCCAUGAAGACCAUGCUGGCCACCAUGUGUGGAGGCAAAAUUGUGGACAAACUUCGCUACAUUUUUUCACAGAUCUCUGACUGCAGUGGACUGAUGGUGUUUGCUAAGUUUGACCAGCUGCUCAGGGAGGUGUUGAAGCUCCCCACCGCCGUGUUCGAGGGGCCGUCCUUUGGAUACACAGAACAUUCUCUGCGGAUGUGUUUUCCACAGCAGAAGAAGAUCCUGCUGAACACGUUUUUGGAUGUGCUCAUGGCAGACCCCCCCCCUCAGUGUCUCGUGUGGCUCCCACUGAUGCACAGACUCGCUAACGUUGAAAAUGUCUUCCACCCGGUCGAGUGUUCUUACUGUCGCUGUGAGAGCAUGAUGGGUUUCCGGUACCGGUGCCAGCAGUGCCACAGUUACCAGCUGUGUCAGAGCUGCUUCUGGCGCGGCCACGCCAAUGGCCCCCACAGCAACCAGCACCAGAUGAAGGAACACUCGUCUUGGAAGUCCCCAGCCAAAAAGCUGAGCCAUGCUAUCAGUAAAUCUCUGGGCUGCGUCCCCAUAGGAGAACCCCCCCACCCCAUGUUCCCCGAGCAGGCAGAGAGACCAUUAGAACCCCCCCACACUGUGAUCCUGGAAAGUCCCAGUCGUCUGGAUGAAGAGCACCGGCUCAUUGCGCGAUACGCUGCCCGGCUGGCAGCUGAAGCAGGGAACUCUGCGCAGCAGUGUCCACCUGCAGACCUGGGCUUUAACUUUGAUGCUAGCAAACAGCAGAGGCAGCUGAUCGCUGAGCUGGAGAACAAAAACAGGGAGAUCCUGCAGGAGAUCCAGCGGCUGCGUCUAGAGCAUGAGCAAGCGUCCCAAACAACGCCAGAGAAAGCCCAGCAGAACCCCACCCUCCUGACAGAACUGAGACUGCUCAGGCACAGGAAGGAUGAGCUGGAGAGGCGCAUGUCUGCCCUGCAGGAGAGCAGGCGGGAGCUGAUGGUGCAGCUGGAGGGACUCAUGAGGUUGUUGAAGGACGAGGAGCAGAAACAGGCCUCACAGUCUGGAGGUUCCCCCCAUUCCUCCCCCAGCCACGUUGCUGGAUGUUCGAUGCCCAUGCCCAUACGCUCAACCUCAGCAGGGUCCACUCCAACCCACACUCCACAGGACUGCUUCUCUGGGGUGGGGGGGAAUGUGCUGGAGGCCUUUGCUCAGGAUGUACCCAGGAAUCUCCGGAAUGACCUUUUAGUUGCUGCUGAUUCCAUCACCAACACCAUGUCAUCGCUGGUGAAGGAGCUUCACUCUGUGGAUGAUGCAGCUGAAGAAGAGGAGAGCAUGAGGAACGGAGCAGACAGAGUGAGGGCGCCGAGGCACUGAGGGAAACCAGAAGAAGCAUGGCCAUCAUCUGGGAGGAACCGGCCCAAACGGACCCCCCUGACUUUCACACGAAGAGUCAUGCAUGCAUGCAACAUUGCAGGACUUCACCAUGUGAAACAGCUUGGUACAGAGAUGUGUCUGAAAUAAUUCUCGUGUUUGUCGUCCUGUGAACAAACUGCUGUGAUGACCCCCCCCAUAACUGCAGUGGGACCCCCCCCCCACUACAACAUCAGAGCGUUCUGUAGAUAAAACAUCCCCCCCACA